UUUAAGAAACAUUUUUUAUUUGAUAAUAUGAACAUCAUUGGGCACCUACUAUAUUGCAGGUUCUGGGCUAGGUUUUUUCAGAGGAAAAUUGUCUUGGUUAUAAUUUGAACUUGGGUCUUCUGGUUCAUAAGAUUAUAUCAAAUGCUAGCUUCAACAGGAUGCCUUCCCCAGCUCCUCUUAAUUGCAAUACUUUCCCUCUGUUAAAUAUUAUUUAUGUAUCCAGUGUAUGCCUUGCUUUGUAUAUAUUUAUUUGCAUGUUGUCUCCCUCAAUUAGACUGUAAGCUUCUUGAGGGCAGCGGUUGCCCAUCUUUUACUUUUUUUACCUGGCACAUAGCAGAUGCUUAAUAAAUGUUGAAUUGAAUUAUCUUGAGGCAUAGAGAUUUGAGGAAGUACCUUCAGAGUGAUUUGGCCCAAGGUCAUAUAGAGAGAAAAAGGGGCAAAGGUCAAAUUCGAACUUGGGGCCCUGUUACUCUAAGUUCAUUCCUUUUCCCACUAAGGAAUUUUCUUUUCACAGCUCAAGGUAGGCACUUUAAUAAAGGUUUAUUCCAUCGAAUUGCACUGAGGAAAGGACUAAGUCUCUACACUUCCCGAAGCCACCUCAGUUAGCCUUGGGUCCCAGACGGAUUCUCUGGGAACUGAAGGGUCAUGGAAGUGGGAAGGAAGGAGAAAGGGAAAGUCUACCGGAAGAAGGAGAGGAUUUCCGGGCCCUCACGGUCUCAGAUUAAGAGUUUUCGUGGGCUGCCUUUUCCUUCCUCUCCGGCCCAUGUAUAUUCUUGCCUCCUCCUCGUCGCCACGGUCUGGGCCUCUAUAAAGCCCGCAGGAAACAAGACUUCGCCCAGGGAGAAAAUGGCUUCUGAAGGAAGCAGCGGUAAACGUCGAGAGAAGCCCGAGUCCUCAACCGUUAUGUGGGCGGGCGAGACUUGUACGUGACGACAGAACGAGAGGCGAGGCUUACGAUCUCCUUAGCAACCCUAUCAACUUCCUGUCGGGUGAGGUACUGAAACUGGGAGUUCAACCCCGGCCGCGUCGCAGCACGCGUGCGUCCUAAAUCUAGCGGGAUGCGCGUGGGUUGUUCUGCAGGUCUCCAACUCUACUCGGGAGGGUCCGCCUAGCAGUAGGAGGCACCCGGCGGAGCCGUGAGGGCGGGGCCAGGGCUGCUUCUCCUCGUGGCUCCGGUAGGUCUCUGCAACUGCAGCAGCAGCAGUCAGCUGUUUGUGUAGGUGUGGGUGCUUCUCUGGCACUGCAGAACUGGAGGAGCUGGAGUUAGAGCGCGGCGGGGCUCUGGCCCCGGCCGGCCAGCGGCUCCUCCCCGCGGGGACUUCCGGAGCUGGGGAACGGCUGGAGACCGACGCUGAGGUGUACGUGGUCGACGGCGGCAGCGGCGGGAGAUGUGGGACCAGUACCGUGUUCCGUUGGGUCACCUCCAUGGUGCUGUACGCUGCCUUCCUGGGGCUGGGUCUGAGUAUUGCUAUAUUAGGACCCACAUUUCAAGACUUGGCUAUAAAUGUGAACCGAAACAUCAGUGAUAUUUCUUAUAUUUUUGUGGGCCGUGCCUGUGGGUAUCUAAGUGGUUCUGUGAUUGGUGGAAUCCUCUUUGACCGCUUCAAUCAUACUUUAAUUUUGGCACUAUCAAUGCUAGGGACAUCUGUUGGACUCUGCCUUGUCCCCUUUUGUAAGAAAGCAAUAUUACUGGUGGUUAUGAUGGCUGGCCUUGGAAUGUCUACUGGAAUGUUAGACACUGGUGGCAAUGUGAUCAUCCUGCAUAUAUGGAGAGGUGAAGCAGCCCCACAUCUGCAGGCCUUGCAUUUCACUUUUGCUUUGGGGGCCUUUUUGGCUCCCUUACUGGCGAAGUUGGCUUUGGGCAGUUCUGGGCCCUCUGAAAACCACACAAUAGCUGAUAUGUCAAACCACUCUGAGCUCAGCCCACCACCUGUAGCCGACUCAGAAGCAAUAUUUGGAGUACCUGCUAAUGAAAAUUUGCUUUGGGCUUAUAUGGUUAUAGGAACUUAUGUUUUGGUGAUAUUUUUCUUCUUUAUUAUUUUAUUUUUCCAAAAAAGUCCAAAUCAAGAGAAAACAAAAGCAACUGCUCAGAAAUCUCGAACUGCAAAACACAAGAAUGUUCUUCUUGGACUCCUUUUUGUAUUUUUCUUUUUUUAUGUAGGAGCAGAGGUCACGUAUGGCUCUUACAUUUUCUCUUUUGCAAUGCUCCAUGCUGGCAUGAGUGAAAGCCAAGCAGCAGGCUUGAACUCUGCCUUCUGGGGGACAUUUGCUGCUUGCAGGGGCAUGGCGAUCUGUUUUGCUACUUGUAUGAAGCCUGGAACCAUGAUUGUGUUGUGCAAUGUGGGCAGUUUGGCUUCUUCCUUGCUCCUGGUGAUUUUUGAUAAGAACCACAUUUGUCUCUGGGUGGCAACUGCAGUAUAUGGGGCUUCAAUGGCUACCACCUUUCCCAGUGGCAUUUCCUGGAUUGAACAGUACAUGACCAUUAAAGGCAAAGCUGCUGCUUUAUUUGUAAUUGGUGCUGCCAUGGGAGAAAUGGUCAUUCCUGCAGUGGUUGGAGUACUUCAAGGAAAAUACCCUUAUCUUCCAGGAGUUUUGUAUGUUUCUUUGGGGUCAGCUAUUGCAACAGUGGUUUUGUUUCCUAUCAUGUACAAAUUGGCCACUGCCCCUCUUGACAGGAAGAUUCAGGAAAGUAGAAGGAGUGAAGACCAGAAAGCAUUACUAUCUUCUAGAUUUAAUGAUGAAGAUGAAGAUGAUGAUGAUGAUGAUGAUGUGGAAGAGGGUGCUGAAGAAGAAUGGAAUGAAGCUGAUUUUGAAAUGAUUGAAAUGAACAAUACGAUGAGGAAUUCAGUAAUAGAGACAUCUAGAAAAAUUUUGAGAGAAUCCCCAGUAGAAACCUCUAGUCAAUUAUUGUCAAAUGACAUACCUUUCAGUUCUUCUCUGGUUAUUACUGGCAACUCCCCUGUGAAGCACCUUAAUACGGAGCGGGAAAAAAAUGACUAACAGUAAAAGAUGGAUUGGUUACUGAUUCCUGUAACAACCACUGAAUUUAAGGAAGUAAAUCAGAGAAGAUACUUAACAAGUUCAAAUACAUUUUAGGGUUUGGCACUUUUAACCCUGAUUUCAACUAAAUGAGCAUUCUUGUUCAGCCUAGAUUUUUUGACAACAACAAGAGGACAGGAAUAGUGAGAUAUGGCUAGUAAAGUGACUUUAUUGUAAGAGUGAAGAGUAGAGCAAAUUAUUGGAAUUCAAGGGUCUGUUGUAGAGUUGGUAAUACCUCAUGAAAGAAUCUAUUGCUUGCCUCAAAAAUCUUCUUUAACUUGGACAAAAAUUGUGUAGACAAUUCUGUUCAACUUGGAAUAGAUGAUGAUAAUACUUCAGAUUUCUGAUUCAUAAUAUAGUUCUGAUAAUAAUGGGUGGGGGAGGUAUAAUGGAAAGAACCUUGCAUUGAGAGUCAAGAGGUAAUUUACGCCUCUAGUUCUUACUUUUUACUACCAAUUAGCUCUGUGAUCUUGCUUAAAUCACUUAAUUCCUCCAAGUCUUAGUUUCUUAUUGUAAAAAUGAGAGUAUUGGAUUUUGAUCUCUAAGGUCUUUUCUAGCUCUAAAAUUCUUUGUAUAGUAAUGAGAUAUUCUCCAAAGAGUAAAAUGCACUAACUUUAAUUGUACAGAUUGUUAUAUGCUCAUUUCAUUCUUCCCAAAGCCCAGUUUGAGAGAAAAAAAAAGUAGUUGAAAAAGAAAGAUAAAAAUGACAUAAAUCACUUUGGCUGUACUUUUGCUAUGAAAUUUAGUGGCCUGAAAGUUUCACAGACUUUAGUGUUUAAUAUUUUAAGCCAUUGUUUAAGGAGGAUGUCCUUAAGAAAUAAUUUUCUCAGCUCUAGGGAAGUUUAUACUGUUAAGAAUUAUACUUAAAAGAGAAAAAGCCUACUGAAAAGUUAGUAAUUUAUUUUUCUAUGGUGAUUAUUUUUCUCUCUAAGUUUGAGGGGGAAUUUGCAUAUCUAAAAUUUUGCUCUUAAAAGUAGCAAAAUAGUAUCCCUACAUUAGUAGUAGGACCAAUAGGGAAGGACUCUUCUAGGGUCCAUUACCUAUCUCUGCUCCAAAUUUGUUUCUAGGCCUUGUAGGACUAGAAAUUCAGCUGCAUGUAUUCAUCCAGGGUUUGGUUGAUAGAACCCUAAGAGAUGGAUGUAUCGAUCCAGAGUGCCAACUGCUUUCACAAGAAGAGAUUUGCCUUUGCAAUGUGGUAGGCUCCUGUUCCUUUUCCAGGGCAAGCCUCUUUCUGUUAUCAAGUUCCUAGGAAACCAGAUGAAUGUUACUCAGGGAGGCUGGGGUCACUGAAGAGGAGACUGAGCAUCUUUAAAAGAUCAUUUUCCUUUACAUCAUAGAAAACCUGAUGAAUUGACUUGCACCAUGGACAGUCUAGGGCUGUCCUUAGGCCAUUCACUUCUUCCACUUAAAAUGUGUCUCUUCCUGGACACUGAAUUAUAUUUUUCCCCAGGUUUCAUAACUGACUACACUUUCUCAUUCUACAUUUUAGCCUUGAUACAACAUACCUUUCUCUUACCUAGUUCCUUCCCUGCUGGAUGGUGCACUUGUGCAACCCAGUGAACCUCUGCCGACAGUCUUAGUGCUCAAAUGGGCAUCCCUUUCCCCUUUCAUCAUCCUACUCUGUUUCUGUGGCACUCCAGCCUUUGAGCCUUGGAACCCUUUUGCUUAUUUUACCACAUUAGGCUCCAUUGAAUGACCUUAAUUUUAGGGGAAGAGUGGUGGAAGUAGAGGGGAAGACAAAUGCUCUUCUGCUUUUUAUAGCUCCCCUUGUCCCUGAGCUAAACCUCUGAGCUUACUGAUGCUUCAUUUGCUCCUCCACUCUACAAGCCAUCCCAUGGGACAUCUGGUUAAUGGGCAUUUAUAGCAGCAGCUGAACAGAGAGGGGCAGGCUGAGCUGGAGAAUGGUGAAUGGAUGAGGGGCAUAAACAAUCCCCCAACCUGGCAGGAGAUAUAGAAAAGUAUAUAGAGUUUCCUAGAAAGGCACUCGCCAUCACAGGCUACAUUGUGAGUAGCUGUACAGUAUAAACUGUAUUGCUAGAACUACCUUGUAUUUUCCAUAUUGCCAAGAGAAGAACUGAAACUUAAAUUGCUGGGAAUUAGUGAUGCUAAAAUGAGCCUUUCUCUGGGAAAUAGUUCAUUCUACUAAGCAUUUGUAUAAUCAAAACCUCAAGCAAUGUAGGGAGAGAUUGAAGACUAUCUUGAGUGAAACAAAUUAAGUGUGAUGUAAUAAACUUUUUUUUUAAGUACUUUGAGGUACGUUGCCUGUCAUGAAAAAUACGUCAAUUCAGUUGAAGUAUUAGUGAGAAGGAUUUUUCUGUCCUUCCAUGACUUAAAAAGAAAGGGAAUAGGAAAGGACCAACCUCUUCUAUAACCUUUCUUACUUUUCUUUUUCUAGUUAAGAGAUCCUCAAGUAAUUUGAUAUAAUUAAAAAAAUUAUUACUUUAAAUAGUACUUUAAAGUAUUCCGUUGACCCAUAAUUUAAAAAUGUUCAUUUUCUUUUUUUUUUAAUCUUAACUUCCAUCUUAAAAUCAAUACUGUCUUUUGGUUCCAGGGCAGAAGGAGGUGUAAGAGAUAAGCAAUGGGGGCUAAAGUGACUAGCUUAGGGUCACACAGUGAGGAAGUUUCAGAGGCCAAAUUUGAACCCAGGACCUCCCAUCUCUAGCCCUGGCUCUCAGUUCCAGUGAGCCACCUAGCUUCAAUUUCUUAAACAUUUAAUAAAAUUUUAAUUUUAGGAUUCCAGACAUUUUUCAUGGGCUUGUUUUGAACAGUGUAAAGUUGGCUAAAAAUGUUUUUCUCCUAGGUUUAUUCUGUUUAAAGUUAUCGGAGACUCAUUUAGAAUUAUAUCACUUCCUAAGGCAUCACAGCUACAGGACACUUAAAUCAUAGCUUACUCUUUUAACAUAACUGCCUAUAUAGUUUUAAUUGAAUUAGAAACUUCUCCAUUAAUUUCUGCCACAUAAGUAUUCACUGUGUAAUGUUCUUUAUGCCUGGGAAAACUAGCAACUAUAGUAAGAUGUUAGCCUUGGAAAAUAACUAGUUAGUAGCUAUAAAGUCAGUACCUUUAAUUUCUCAUGGGUUUAAAAUAAGCUUUUUUUUUUUUUUGAAAGUUGUACAGAGUUCUACCUCACUGGCAUUUCCCUUUCAUUUAUCAGCAGGAAACAAAUAGAAAAGCAAAAUUGGGGAAAUGUGAGUACCAGCCUGUUUGUUUGGAACGUAGACUGAAGAGAUGUAGUGAGAGGGAAUAUUUACUCACUGUCUCUGCUCCCUCUUGAAAUUCAAUUUCCUAGAGCAUCAACAUCCUUGUUGGAUUCCCUAUUGCUUUGGAAAUAUUUUUUAAAUUCUUCCCAACUUGGCCCUAAAUUUGAGUGUCAGAGGUUGAGAUCCAUUCGACCUUCAGAAGAAGAAUUUGAAAUGAAUGGUUACAGAGUUUGAGAAACCACAACCUCUCCUUUCCCCAUGCAGUUAUAUUUCCCCCUUUCUCCUUAAUUGGAAGUGUGAAGACAUUAAAAUUCAUCUAAAUGCAGUUAGUGUUCUAGAGAUGCAUGGCAGGCUCCUCACAUUUUUUGCUAGUGCUGUCACAUUGUGGAGUCUGUUAACGGACUCAUUUUGUGUAACCAUUGAUAGUGCUGGUAAUCUCUUAUGAUUAUUAUGAAUUCAGAUUUGAGUUGUAAACUUAUUAGGAUUUAGUAAUCAAAUGUGAGUGUGUUAUUUCUACUUGGCUUCAGUAUUUAUUUCUGUUACCAAAGUGCAUCUGUGUUUUGCCCUAUGUGCCUUUUAAAUAUGGAACACUUAUGGGUUAGCUUGUGUAUUUUCCCCUGGCUUAACAUUGAUCAGGUUAGUAUGUAUCUGUCCACAUAAGAACUAUGUAAGAAGUCAUGAACUUUAAUAGUUGUUUAAAGGGAAACAAAGACUAGAAUUUGGAGCAGUAAUUUGAGAGUGAUUUUACUUUUGAUCUUUCUCAUACUAGCUUUCCAUGUCCAGAUUUCUUCUUGGGGAAAAGUAUAUCAGUAUGUUUAAAAAAAAAAGUAGAAACCUGAAUUUUUUAAUAUUAAAAUUUAUUUUUCAAUGAUCAAACAUUUAUUUUUCUCCUUCAGUUUUCCUGAAAAAUUAAGCCCUUUUAAUAGAUAAGCAUAUUUUGCCACCUUUGGAAAAGGGGGAAGAGGGAAGGGAGGGAGAGAAUUUGGAUCACAAAAUGUUAGAAACUGAAUGUUAAAAAUUGUUUUGGUAUGCAGUUGGGAUAAAAAUUAUAAUUAAAAAAGAUUUCUAUACAUACAACUCAAAAACAUACACAGUCAUGCAAACAUUCCUCAUUUGGCGAUAUCUGAAAAUGUGAGUUUCAUUCUGUAUAUUAAAUCCCCUCAUUAUCAAGUGGGUGGAUAGCAUUGUUCAAUCAGAGGUCUUAAGUCUUUCAAAAUUGUUUUUACAUUGUUGAUGUUAUUGUAUAAGUCUGACCAUAUGACUGAGGGUAAGGUAAAUGAGAUUUAAGGAAUAGACAUUUCAACUGGUCUGGCCUGUUAAUGUGUAUAUGACAUUUUUUAUGUAACUUUUGAUGAAACUUGGAGAAAUUCCUUAUUUACUCCCUACUUGAGCUUCUCUAAGCAUGAAAAUGUGCAGCCCAGCAGCACUGCUCUCACUCCUUGCUUCCAGCUAGCUGAAUGAUCAACCUAUUUGUUAAUAUAAAUAUCUGAUCAUCUGAAUAAUAGGAAUUCAAAGUCCCCUUUUUUGCACAUUUGUAUUUUGAAUUAACUUUUAAUUGCAUGCUUUAUAAUCUUAUUUGAGAGAAAAUUGUGCUUAAUUAGCUAUGCUAGGGAGGUUUUUUAUUUCAGUAUAGAAAGAAAGGGCUUUUUUAUCAGAACAUACAGCUUCUCCUAAUAUUCUCAACCAGGUUGUAUUUUAAAUAUACUAAAUUUGAUGGGAUUCAUCUUUUUAUGUAGUAACUUUUUGAAGUGGAACAUCCUCUUUAGAAUGGUGUAAUUUUAUAGUAUUCUUUCACAGUCAGUACUAAUUUGCCAAAAUGUGUAGUUUUUAAAAGUUUCUUUAGGAUUUCCUCUUUUUUUCCCCUUGAGAUCAUUCAAAAUUUGUCCUUUAUGCCCUCCCAUUUCUGCUUCAGUCAUGCUGUUUUUCAGGUCUGCUAUCUGACCCCACUUCCAGUCUCCUUCCAAUUUCUUACAAUAUCCUUUUACUUUAUUAGAAUAUAAGGAACAAAUUGGACUCAUGAUCUCUAAGUAGAGUACUGCUUCCCUUCAGUGUCACUUAGUUAUGACUGAAUGUCACGGACCUAUGUAAGCAUUGGAAGUUUGUUUACUGAAUAAAAUGGCCUUUGAGUCAGACUAUUAUCUUGAAUAAAUAGUGGAUAUUUAUGUAGUUCUGGUUUUUGAUAAUUUUGCAUCUGUCUUUUCCUAAUCAAACUUUUUUUUACAACAAUAGAAAUAGGAUUUCGACAGACUACCAUAUUGAACCCCCAGAACAUAAGAGAUUUUUCUGCACCUUUCAGUUCAUGUACAUUUUCAGCAUGGGGUAGAAUUAAAACAAAUGUUUGUCUCCUUAUUUGUGCAGUAGGCAGGUUGGAGUAAAUUAUUUCUGGCAUCCCUUUUAGCUCCAGAUCUAUGAGUCAAUUGAUAAGUAUCUUUGUUUUAGAGACUUGUUUUUUUUCCUUCUUGCUGUAUCACCAAAGGAUAUGUAUUGAUUUACUUGAAUUAAUAUGAAAUUAAUUUAUUCUGUUUUAUUUAUGCUUGAUGUGAAAUAUCUGACCUUCCUGUAGCUGAUGUGUUUAGUAGGUUCUGCCAUUUUGUAUUCUGCAAAAUAGUGGGUAAAAUAGUGUUAAGCAGAAUUAUGGAAAGUGGCAUCAGAAGCCUGGGUUAUUCUGUGCAUUUUAAGCAGUUUUAUCAAAGCCCUUUUACAGUUUAUCUCCUUGAUUCAGUUGGACAUUAUUGUUAAUGACUGCCUUUAGCAAUUAUUUGAUUUCCAAGUUCUUCCUGGUUAGAGUGAUGAAAUUGGAGUUAAUCCAAAAGAUCCUGGACAGUCUUCUGGGAGUUUACUGUAUCAGGAUUUAGUCUAUACUACAGGAGUUAGUUAGGAAAAUUAGUGUAGUGUGAUUGUACCUUGUAUUUAUUUGGCUCAGCUUUUGUGUUUGUGUGUGUGUGUGUGUGUGUGUGUGUUUUCCCCUAGUACAAUAUGUGACAAGAUACCACUACUUUGCACAGUGCUUUCUGAUGUUAACAAAGUAAAACCUGUUUUUAGAAAGACUGCCCUGAUGUUAUCUACAAGAGGAGCCCAAGAUGCAUCUGUGGGUAAAUUAUUUGGAUUACAGGAACAUUUUUCUACACACACAUUCAUAGACAAGUUUUACUGCAGUCAAUUAAGAGAUUCUUUUAGGUAGACAGGAGAAGGAGGGAGUGUGAUCAAAUGGAUUUAAUAUAUUUGAAUAUGACUAAUGUAUAUGCAGCUUUGUAUAAUUGUGAAUAUUUAUUGGAAUAAAAUGUUGACUCACAUGAAA